AUACUAUGCACUCACUUGGGUCCAGUUUGAUGAUUUCACUAGAUCACUGUCAUUUAGCAAAACUUACACAGUACAUUACCCGGAAGUAGUACGUACCCUCCUUUAACUCAAUAUGGCAGCUCCCGUAAGAGCUUGUUUAUGUUUCUCUCGAUAUCUACAGUUCGCAAACAGAGCUGAACUGUCAGGACAAAUGUUAUUUAGAUUAAACUGCGAUAUAUUUUUAAUUCGCCAUUUAGGCAGUGGACAAAAGCUCCUGGCCAAGCACUGGGACAAUUCACAGGGUCCCCCUGUUGACGUCCGAGUUGAUAAACUUAAAAUAUCUUACAGUCGGAGCAGCGGUCCAGGAGGUCAACACGUUAACAAAGUCAAUACCAAAGCAGAGGUUCGGUUUCAUGUUCAGACAGCAGAAUGGAUUCCAGAGGAUGUAAGGAAGGAGAUCCUCUUACAGAAAAAAAGUCGGCUCAAUAAAGCUGGUGAGUUAAUAGUAACUUCAGAGGUUAGCAGAAACCAACAGAGGAACCUGGAUCACUGUGUACAGAAAAUCUCUGAGAUCAUUAGUGAAGCCAGUCAGCGACCACCAGAGCCAUCAGCAGAGGACCUUACCCUGAGGGCUAAAAGGUUAGAGAAAAGAAAUUUAGAAAGGCUCAAACAGAAAAAGAUCCAUUCUUCAACAAAGCAAGCAAGACAGGUUAACUUUGACUAAGUGGAUAUUUAAAAUCUAUAUAUUUAUGUUUAAUUUGAAGUUGUAAAUAUUAUACCCUUUUUAUAGCCUAUGUCUGCCUAUAACUGAUCAUCUCAGAAUCAUCUCCUGUUACCACACACAUUUAAAAGUGAUGAUAUCUAUCUAACAAUAUGUAUUAUGCUAUGUAUAACUGUUUUGGUUAUAGUAAAUAAACAUAAUUUUCUUUUGUUUUGUAA